AUACUAAACGGCUAAUUUUGACUUUGUUGACUGUGCUAUCUAUUGGAAACCUCCUCAAUGUCACGCAUGUUGUUGUGUAACGCUAGUUGACUUGUUGGUUUCUAGUAGCUAAAUUAUAUUAUCUAAUCAUGCAUAAAUUAAAUGGUAUAUUAUCUAAUUCUGUCAGGAGUGCCUGCCGACAGGUUGCUGGUUCCUUCAAUGCAGGAGGCUCAAUUUGUGGAACCAGCGGUCUGCAGAGAGCAGUGUCCUCCAGUGCUGUCAGGAUGCAAGAGGAUGCCAGUGUCUCAGCCACACCUGGGAAAAUAUCCAAAGACUUCAGUCACCUCCCCCAUGCCCCAGGUGUGCUGAGAUGGGCUGGGAAAUACGAGGAGUUGCCAAUAGCACAUAUCAAAGCCACAUAUAACAAUACACAUGUCCAGGUGACAGACUGUGAGGGCCAGUUCAUGGUCAGAACAUCGUGUGGAACCGAGGGGUUCAAGAACGUCAAGAAGUCCACUCCCAUCGCUGCUCAGACAGCAGGCAUCUCAGCCGCAGCGAAGGCCUCAGCGGUGGGGGUGACGUUCGUCCGCGUGUUGGUGAAAGGUCUGGGUCCUGGACGCUUGUCUGCCAUCAAGGGUCUGACCAUGGGAGGAUUGGAGGUUGUGUCCAUCACAGACAACACCCCCGUACCACACAAUGGUUGUCGCCCUCGCAAGGCUAGAAGAAUAUGAACAGGACCGUACCAUCAUGGACUGCAGGGGUCCAGCAAUCUGUCUUGUAACAUGCUUAAUGUUGUUAUAUGAAGACAUUUUUUUUACUGGUAUUUAA